AAACAUCCCAGGGAACACCCUCCAUGGGACCAUAGCCUUAUUGGUAGAAGCUGAAGGAUUUGCCUUUACGUGACCGGGAGCUGAUGAUUGUGGGUAUCAUUGCCACUCUGUCCCGAUUAUGUCUUAAGAAAUGCUCUUCAGCAUUGGCAGACUAGUCUUGGAGGAGAGAAGUGGACUCAAUCGAACACCACUUUUCGUGACAAAACAGGCCUCCGUUCUCUCCCACUUCUCUGUGUUGCGUGUUUGAAAGUUUUCAACAGCAGUAACAACAGGGAACAAUCAUACAAUCAUGGUUGGGGACAGAUCUGAAAGGAUUUUGAAUAUAUGAAUUGAUCCAUGGAAAUUUUGACUUACUAUAUUACCGAUUUCAUAUCUAAGAGAGGGAUUUUUUGGGGAUUGACUAUUAUCAAUCCAAAUGUUGGAGUAAAUAUAAGUUAAUGUGAUGUUAGGAAAGAAAAAAGACAUGAUAACUCGUUCGAAUCUCGCAGAACAGCUGAGGGACUAUCAGAUUCGAUCCCAGCACAAAUGGGCUUCUCUAACUUUCUUCUCUGCAACAGCCCAAAUAACAUCCGGUGAGGCUGCCAAAGCUGGCUUAUGGGGGCUGCUCUUUUUUGCAUUGAUAAUUUUUUCUUUUAUUUCAUUAUACUUAAGAUACACAUGGCUUGGCUUCAGUUUUGUAUGUCUUGCAAUUCUUUUACCAAUAUGCUUAAAAAUUGUAAGGCAAACUAAACUUGCAAAGAAAAGGCAGCGAAGAAUGUUGCUACCUUUAUCCAUGUAAAUCACGGUGUACUGUUGCUAAAAUUUAGAUCAUUAUAGAGGGUCUAUUGCUUCUAUGCCUUUAAAAAGUGAGAUGUAGGUCAUGGGAUCCAAUGCUGGUAACAGGUUAGUAAAUGUGGAGACAAACACGGCUAAUAGUAAAUAUGUGCCACAUUAGCUGCCAAAGCUUUUUGUGUCAUUUUUGUUACAAAAGUCAUUUUUGAGAUGCUUAUUUGCAUUUGAGCCAGAAUGUAUGGAAUUUUACUAUGCAGUACAGUAUUUAAAUUUUAAAGAUCUUGGUACUGUAGAUUCACUAUGGGCUUAAUUUUUUAA